AUGAAGUCCACCUGGCAGAACACAUUAGAGGACCUAGCAAGCGACCACUACAUCAUCGCGAUACACGUUCAGGGCGGCCCACGUAAACCCACGGGAAAACAGCUCAAGCUGGUGGAUUGGACUGAGUUCCGCAAAUCACGCGAGAACCAGGUCCAAACCAUCGACGACAUAGAACACUGGAGUGACACCCUUAAACAGGAUGUUAACAAUGCCACACACAUUGUACCUCCUGAGGCACACAUCGAGGAGAUCGAUAGCCGGCUCCUCCACAUGUGGGAGGCAAAACAAUCGCUCAAAAAGAGAUUCCUACUCGAUCCAGAAGACAACAAAUCUGCCCACCGACAAACCAUCAACAAACUCAUACACGCGUACAAGGGCACAGAGGAGGAAUUCAUUAGGGAGGUAGAGCUCAAAUACAUCUCUCAGGUUCCUCCUCAGCAGCACCCAGACUACGCAGGCCAGGCCAACACCAUCCUAGACGAGGAAUUCACCGAGGCGGAUAUCCGCGCCGCCUUUCAGAAACUUAACUCAAAAUCUGCCCCAGGUCCCGACACCAUUACCUACAAGACACUACGUAAUAUUGACGACGAGUCAAUCACGCAACUCACAGAAUACAUUAACCAAUGCUGGACCACCGGCAGCUUGCCCCCGCAGUGGAAAAAGGCCCAGGGAACCGACCUGCGACCGACGCGCAUGCACCUACUGAGCUCGACGCAUGGAACCGGUGCCUUCACACCCGCUUCUCCCACGUCGGCGUCUGAAGCCGCAGCCGAAGCGCCUGUGGCGCCGAGUCACGACGAUGCAUUAAGCAGCCUAUACUUUCGUGACGGCAAGCGACGCAUCGAUUUCGUGCUCGCCUAUGAGAAGCUAGAUGACCGCGUGUUGGAAAACCGUCGUGUCACCUUCGAAAAGAACUUGCUCGGAGAAGGACUGGAAUUGGAACUCGAGGACGCCGCGGCAUCCCGUGACGGCAAGACCAACUUCCUCAAGGUUCAUGCCCCGUGGGAGGUGCUUAUAAAUUACGCAGAGAAGCUGCACCUUCGCAUGCCCAUCAAGAAGAGAGGCCGAGUGGUGCCUUUUCCGACGCUGAAAGUUGGCGAAGGCGAGGCUCCGGCACUGCCAGACCUCAAAGAGCUCGAAGAAGGCUCGACAGAACUCGAAGUCGAAGCAAAGCCGACCAAACUGGACACCCUGUGGGCCAAGUUGUGGAUACCGUUCCCCUACGACAAAAAACUCAUACCGGACGAGAAGCAGUUCUUCACCGCCGAGUUUGUGUGCCAGCGAGAACCCAUGUACCUGAUGCAAUACAAGGAGACCUUCUUCACGCAAGCCAUUCGAAGCCGGAUAGCGUGGGAGGUGCUCAUGAGGGCGGCAUACGAAGACACCGAAAGUCAAAGAGGCAUACACAAGCUACUCAACGACCAGGUCUACUUGGAAGCCUACCCUUUGCAUGACGGCCCCAUUGGGAGCGGGUCGUUCGAUCCUCUGAAAGAAGUUCCUACUGAGCGGAGGCUUCUUUACAGUGAAUGGGCCCGCCCGGCAGCGUGGUACAAACAACAGCCGCUGGGACUCAUCAGACGAUAUUUCGGCGAGAAGACUGGCCUUUAUUUUGCCUGGCUAGGCUUCUACACGACCAUGCUAUUCCUCCCAGCGGCACUGGGACUACUGACCACAUUCGUCGGCGUCCUCGGAAUGACCACGAACACGCCAACUACUGAGGUCUGCGACCGCACCAUCGCCGGUGACUUCAUCCUGUGCCCAGCCUGUAACAAAACCUGCCCUUACGAUUAUCUGUACAACAAAUGCACAAUUCGCAGGAUCAUCUACAUUGUCGACAACGGAGCCACAGUUGGGUUUGCAAUAUUUAUGGCCUUGUGGGCAACUAUUUUUAUGGAGCUCUGGAAGCGUCGUCAAUGCGUCCUGGCAUUGCAGUGGAAUCUGAAUGACGUCGACACACUCACGGACGUUGUGUACCCUGAGUACGAGGCCAAAGCGACGUUAUACAAGCUAAAUCCGGUGACUAUGAUAUACGAACCUUAUGUGCCUGCCUGGGAGAAAGUGGCGCGGAUUGCCGCUGCCAACUCCGUCGUUUUGGUUAUGCUGUGCCUGGUGGUGUGCUCGGUGUUCGCCAUCAUCGCCUAUCGCAUCAUCACACUCGGUUACUUAUCGCGGAAGCCCCAUCUGCGCCCCAUCGCCCACAUGGCUACUGCUGUCUCCGCUUCGCUGCUCAAUCUGGUCGUCAUCUUACUCAUGAACAAGGUGUACAAGAGGCUUGCCACACGACUGACUGAAAUAGAACGUCCAAGGACACAACACGAAUACGAAGACAGCUUCACAUUCAAGAUGUUCCUGUUCACUUUCCUCAAUACGUACUCUUCGCUUAUCUACAUAGCAUUCUUUAAAGGAAGGCUCGCGACGCGCCCAGGACGUCAAGGAACCCUGUUAGGGUACAGCUUGGACAAGUGCGAAGGCGUCUGCUUGUACGAAGUGUCCGUCCAACUGGCAAUAGUCAUGGUGGGCAAGCAGGUCGUCAACAACAUCCAGGAGUUUGUACAACUGCGGCUCACCAACCGGUGGCGCUCGUGGCAGCGGGACCACAUAAGACGCGGUGGUGGAGUGCGCAGUGGACCGCUGGCCCGCUGGGAGGAAGACUACGUGCUGGCCGAGUGGCGCGUGCUGUCACUCUUCGACGAGUACCUCGAGAUGGCCAUCCAGUUCGGCUUCGUGACUCUGUUCGUGGCUGCAUUCCCACUGGCUCCGCUGUUCGCGCUCCUCAACAACAUCGUGGAGAUCCGCCUGGACGCCUACAAGUACACCUCGCAGAUGCGCAGGCCGCUUGCCGAGAGGGUGCCAAACAUUGGGGCAUGGCAGGUCAUUCUGAAAGGAGUUUCCAUUUUCGCCGUCAUAUGUAACGCUUUCCAGAUCGCGUACACCAGCGAUUUCAUUCCCCGGCUGGUAUACCGCGUCGCGUACAGCAGUGAUUUCAGCAUGCGUGGAUUCGUCAACUUCAGCCUCUCGUACUUCGACACCAGCGACUUCGACAACGACACGCGCCCCGACAAUGCCACGCUGGACGGUAUCGUCGUCCGAGAGUGCAGGUACCGGGGAUACCGAGAGCCUCCCGGUUCGGAAAACGAAUACCAGCUCACUGUCACCUACUGGCACAUAUUCGCCGCCAGGCUCAUCUUUGUCGUUGUUUUUGAGUCAGUGCAGCAGCGGAUCAGGCGGGAACAGAAUGUGGCGCAGAAUCUGAUCGCCGGCCUGCACAGCGGUCAGCGUGCUCGGUCACAUCGAGGAUCUAGGAGCAGCUCCUCCAAUCUCAGCAAGUGAUCGUCAGAAACUUCAGGAUCAUCGCUGCCAAGACUAUCCCAAAGCAUGAGUGUGCUUAUCUAAAAAGAAAUGGAAAUAUUUUGUUCGCUUCGAACUCUUUUUACGCAAUAUGCUCAGAUCAUGCUGUAGCUUCUCGACGUCCGCAAUUUGUUAGGAACAAAUGUUCGUUGAUUUAUGCGUCAGAAUAAACUAAAGACGCUGAGCCGACAAAGGUAUUUGUGAAAGGGUGGUUCGGCUCUAACCCGUGGGGUUUGCUCAAAACCCAUUUAUUUUAGCAUUUGAACUAUUGAACAAUUAAUUUGUGUUAUGAUUUUAUGUGUGAUAACAAAUUUUCUGUUCGUGUCAA